AAAACGAAGUCAAGAGAAACGCCAAACAUACUGAAACACAAACUGCAAAAAACAACUUACCGGUUCUACUGUCACGUCACAAAAAUGUCAAAAUUGAUGACGAACCACAAAACAUAAGUUCAUAUAAAAUAAAGUCGCAGAAGUUUACUAUUCAUAGUUACACUGCUGAUUUCACAACGAAAUAUACCAAAAAUAUUGAAUAACAAGAUGCGUGCAUUUAUCGUAUUGUGUUUAGUUGCCACGGCUUGUGCCGGCCAUUCGGGUUACAACUAUCAACCAUCUACAGGUUUUGAUGGAACAUCUUUUGGGGUCUUCAGUUCUCCCUCAUAUGGUGCAGCAUCUCUGACUGGUCCUUCUGAUUUUGGUGCCUUCAGUGUUCCAUCGUAUGGUGCAGCAUCUCUGGCCGGACCUUCUGACUUUGGUGGCCUUAGUUCUCCGGCAUAUAGUGCACAACCAUUGACAGCUCCACCUGCCGUCGAAUUGACCAAAGAAUUCUUUACAUUCUCUGCUCCAGAAGAUGACUUCGUUGAUCCCAAUGCUGUUCAACAAGCUGCUGGUGCCUUGAAGAAAUCAGUUCGCGUCAUCUUCAUUAAGGGUCCUGAAAAUCGCGGUUUGGAAGAUGCUGCCUUGGCUUUGGCCAAACAAGCUGGCCAACAGCAAACGGCCAUUUAUGUUCUCAACAAACAAACGGACCUCAACGAUUUGGCCAACAAACUUAACAAUCUCGGCGCCAACAACAACCCAAGACCCGAAGUUCACUUUGUCAAAUACCGUACUCCAGAAGAUGCUGCCAAUGCUCAAUAUGCCAUCCAAAGCCAAUACGAUUCCUUGGGUGGAAACUCUCACAAUAUCAACGGCGGUAUUGCUCCAGUCAUUAAUUUUGCAUCUCAAUCUCCAGUAUCACCUGCUGGUAGUGUGAGUGUUCCACAAAAUUCUUACUUGCCAUCAUCCAUUUUCCGUAGGCGUUACUAGACGACGUCACAACGAACUUAAUUAAUAUGA